UUUAUUAUUUAUAGAUGCACAAAAUGCACAUUGCACUUUUGCAUACUGUCAUAAUAUAUAGAUAAAUAAAUAACUCUAUAGUAUGUACAUAUAAUUAUUUCUUUUUAUAAAAUAUAUUUAAAAAAUUUUAUAACAAAAAAUUUACUAAGAGUUUUACUAGCCAUUUGGUCAACUAAAUAAGUGAAUUUUUAAUAAUUAAAUUUAUUUUAAAAAAUGACGUCAAAUACAUCAUUGGAUAUGGAUCAAGAUCUUGCAAAAUUUCUUCUGGAUCAUGGCGCCACGUUAAUUGUUACUGAUGUUCCAAUUGGCACAGAUUUUGGUAUUGAUCUUAAAUCAUGGAAUACUGGACAAAAAUUUAAAGGAAUGAAAAUGAUACCACCUGGUUUUCACUUUAUUCAUUACAGCGUUGUUAAUGAAUUUGGUGAAUUAGCUCCUCGAGUUGGUUGGUUUCAUACAUUUAAAGAAAAAGAAUUUGUCAUAAAAAAAUGGGAUGUUGAAGCUGAAGAUAUGAGUACAGAAGCUAUUAGUGAAGAAGAAGCUGGAAGAUUUAGAGAUAAUCUACGAGAUUUAGACAAACAUCUUGGUCCUUAUCCUUAUGAUACUUGGAAACUGUGGAAAGAACUUACUAGUAAAAUAAAUGAUGAUUUAAUUGAAAGAUGUCAGCCAUUGUGUGGUCGUGUUAGAUCAGCACUUGAACUUGUUGGUUGCAAUGAUUUAUCAAGACCAAGAGGUAGUGAAUCAAUGGAAUCAAAACGUAAAACUGGAUUGACUGUUGAAGCACAAGAAGAACUUUUGUUGCCAAAUUUAAAGCCGAAAUUUGGUACUGAAUUGAGACUAACUAAAUUACCAGAAAAAAAUUAUCCAGAUAAUGCAGCACCAAAUGAAAUAACACAGUAUUCAUUGGACACAAGUUAUGCAUUAACUACACUUUUCAAAAAUUUUAAACAACCACUUGAAAUUAUUGGAGAACUGCAAUUAUCAUUUGUUUGUUUUUUAGUUGGACAAAGUUUAGAUUCAUUUGAUCAUUGGAAAAAACUUGUUGCACUAAUUUGUGGUGCUGAUCAAGCAAUAUCACAAUAUCAAACAAUUUAUAUUGAAUUUUUAAAAACAUUUGAAGUACAAUUAUCACAUGUACCACAAGAUAUACUAUGUGAUAUUGUUGCUAACAAAAAUUUUGUAUAUCAUAAUUUAAGAAUAUUAUUUGCAAGUAUUGAAAGUAAUUCUGAGCUAAUUGAAAGACUGAAAAAUGAAUCAUUUAAAAUAAGAACAAGAUUAUCUAAAAAAUUUUUAUGGGAUUUUGAUAAUUUAAUGGAAGAAGAUGAAGAUGAUGCACCAGUUAUUGUUGAUACUUAAUAAUUACUUAACAUAUUUUAAUAAAUAUAAAUUAUCUAACAAAAUAAAGAAAAAAAAAAAAACAUUUUUUUUAAUUUAUCCAAAUUUAAAAAUCAAUAUAAAUUCAAUUUUCUUUACAAAAAUAUUAUACUAUUUAUUUUAAUAAUUUAUCUAAAAUAUAAUUUACAAAUAUUUUUAUGUUUUUUUAAUAAUAAACAAUUAUUUUAUUCAUAUUUCGAAAAAUUACAUUUUUUUUUUCAUGGAAAAAUCGAAAAAUCAACAUUUUUUUUGUAUGCAAUUUGUUGUUUAUGAUUAUUAGUUAGUCAUAUAUUUGAUUGAGCAAUAAAAUUUAUAAAAUUUUCAUAAA